CAUAUUUGUCAUAAGGGAAGCGAGGAGGGAUAAACUAGCUAAGCUUGCAGUUGAUGUGUUAACUAAGAUAGAGAAGGGAGGAUGAGCAGCUCAGAGGAGGUGUCCUGGAUAUCCUGGUUUUGUGGACUCAGAGGCAAUGAGUUCUUCUGUGAGGUUGAUGAAGACUACAUACAGGACAAGUUUAACCUGACAGGUUUGAACGAGCAGGUGCCUCACUAUCGCCAGGCCUUGGACAUGAUUCUUGACCUGGAGCCAGAUGAGGAGCUUGAAGACAACCCCAAUCAGAGUGACUUGAUAGAGCAGGCAGCGGAGAUGCUCUACGGGCUCAUUCAUGCACGUUACAUCCUCACAAACAGAGGCAUUGCACAGAUGUUGGAAAAGUAUCAGCAAGGGGAUUUUGGCUAUUGCCCCAGAGUCUAUUGUGAGAAUCAGCCAAUGCUUCCUAUUGGUUUGUCAGACAUCCCUGGAGAAGCCAUGGUGAAGCUUUAUUGCCCAAAGUGCAUGGAUGUUUACACCCCCAAAUCCUCCAGACACCACCACACAGAUGGAGCCUACUUUGGGACAGGGUUCCCCCACAUGCUGUUCAUGGUGCACCCCGAGUAUCGUCCAAAGCGACCAGCCAACCAGUUUGUGCCAAGGCUAUAUGGUUUCAAAAUUCACCCGAUGGCUUAUCAACUCCAACUUCAGGCUGCGUCGAGUUUCAAGAGCCCAGUCAAGACAAUUCGCUAGAACUCCACUUUAACGAACACAGUGGACUUAAAAGACUUUGUUGUUUACUACUUGUUUGAAGGAAUGGAUUAAAUAUUCCCACUGAAUGCCUGUACAGUUUCCCCAGCUCCCCUCUGUGUUGAUAGACCCUCAGAUUCAUUUCUUCUCAUUUAGUAAAACACUGUUACAGUUGAGCAGGUUAGUUUUUCUGCAUUAAACACGUACUCCUGAUACAAUGUUUGACUUUAAUUGAUGUCAGUCCAUCUUCUCACAUUUUAGGGGUUGUUUCUCUGAAACAGAAAAGUGGCUUUAACUCGAUGAUAACGAAGGCUACAGUGUGCUUUGUGGCUUAAUCACAGGUGAUUGAAUGUAACAGUGAAUCUCGCCACCAGCCAGACAGGUUUGCCUUAUCAAUGAUACAGUCGGUCAGUACUUUGGAAAGUUGAUCAGAUCAUAUGAACUUGUGCUGCAGAACAGAUUUUGGAAUGUGCAUUAGAUUUUAUUUGAAUACAGCAAUAUGUGUAAAUAUGAUCAGGUGCUAUUUCCAAGAGACAACAGAUACCAAAUUAAAGCUAGAGAGCAAGAACUUAUCUUAAAAAUGGACCUAUGCUUGAUUUUAUUAUUACGCUGUUCAGUUUUCUUGAAGUUCAGUGGCUGUGUGUGUACUUUAUUGUUUAUGCAACUGUAACAAUAUUUUCCUGAUAAGCCUGUGUUUGUAGUUUCAUCAUGUUUACAUUAUUAUGGUAUUUACAAUCUUGACAGAUGAGACUUUUUUUCCUCUCUACAGUUUGGUGUUGAUUGAAUAUGUGGCGACAUCUACGGGGAAGCAAGUGAAUGCCAUUAAAUAUUUAUUUCUUA